UAGGAGGUUGGCCUUUUGGCUUGGCGUUGUGCAAGAUGGUGCCUUUCAUCCAGAAAAUGUCUCUUGGUAUUACAGUGUUCAGUCUGUGUGCUCUCAGUGUUGACAGGUACCGUGCAGUCGUAUCUUGGCAACGGAUCAAAAGCACAGGAGUGUCAGUGGUGGAAAUAUCUCUCAUAUGGUUGGUCUCCAUUAUACUGGCUCUACCCGAACUUGUCGGCUUCUCCGUGAUCAACGUACACUACAAAGACCAACAUCUGAGGAUUUGUCUGCUCCAUCCUGUGCAGACCACGCCGUUAAUGCAGAUGGCGGCCAAGCUUUACUAUGGAACAAAGAAGUCAAGCGAACACGGUUGGAUUGGACGACACAUACGAAGUACAGUGUAUUAUGCAGCGAACAUUUCGAAAGAUCAUGUUUCGAAGAGGGUCCCUUGCGAAUGGCAGAAAUGGGAAUCAGCACUCGUCGACUCGUGCUGAAGAAAGGUGCGAAGCCAACUAUUUUCGAUAGACCACGGACAAGUCCGGAGCACCCGACCCCCUCCAUAAGCGGACAGACUGGGCACAUGAGGUCUGCAUUUGCCAAAAGGGAAAGGAAGAGGACAAUAGAUCAGAUCAUGGACAGUACGACUACGGCAUCAGUGGCGGAUGCGGUGGAUGAACCAAUGGCAAUGGCACUAGAUUUGCCUGAUGAGGAGGGCGAUCAAGAUCAGGGAAAUACAAGAGAACAAGGAUGCCAGACGGACUGGGUACCGAUUGGGACAGCACCAACAGCAAUGACCAGUAGCAAGAGCACCCAAACAGGGAAAAUACAUCAUAGAUCAAAGGGACACCAGGUGACCCCAGAUAUCCUCGAGAGGGUUAGAGCUCGGCCGGCCAGGGUUAGUGAAGUCCCAUUGUCAAGUGUAGCAGCUCCAUCUGACAGCCCCGAGAUGCAGACUAACAUAGCAGCUCCAGGUGUGUCUGGAAUGCAAGCCAAGCUACGACCACCUCCUGCAUUGUUUGAUGAAGGACCAGCAUCAAGUCCCACUGCGCCUUUUGUUGGUGGUUCUUCCGAUGACAGCUAUGUGCCGAGUGAGUCAACGACAUCGGAUCCGUGUCAAUCUGACGGGUCGCCAGAUCGCCCAUGUACUCACCAGAUGCAUGAAGAGGGCUGCCACAAGGAACCGAAGUACAUCAUCUUUGAGUCGUGCCUCCAGAGUCUCGUCAAGUGGUGUCACUGUCCAGUCUGUGGCAGCCAGGACAUAAGCCCUUCUUGGGAUUCGAACGGUACACAGCUGACCAUGACUCUUCAAUGUGCAUCAUGUGACCAGAGGAGUAGUUGGAGCAGCCAGCCAAACAUUGGCCCUUAUGCCGCGGGCAACAUCCUGCUGUCUGCUGGCAUCCUCUUCGCUGGGGCAUCUUCUGGCAAGGUGUUGCAAGUGCUGAACAGCAUCGGAGUGGUCACGUAUGUGAAGAGGACAUUUUUCAACCACCAGGAGCUCAUCCUGCAGCCAGCCAUCAAAAAGGUGUGGGAGGAACAGCAACGGACGCACCUCACCAUGCUGCAGGUGGAAGGCCGACCCCUCGUCCUUGGUGGUGAUGGGCGAGCAGACAGUCCGGGACACAGCGCCAAGUUCGGUACCUACACCACAAUGGAGCUUGUGGCCAAUGUGGUUCUCGACCUUCAGGUUGUACAGAGCAACGAAUGUCUUGGCAGCUACCAUAUGGAGAUGGAAGGACUGAAGAGGAUGGUGGAACUGCUGAUCAGCUGGGACCUGGAUGUCGGGGUGCUGGUGACAGACAGACACAGACAGAUCGCUAAAUGGAUUCGUGAAAACAUGCCCAAUACACGGCACUGCUAUGACAUCUGGCAUGUUGCAAAAUCCAUCGGAAAGAAACUGAAGGCCAUCGCCAAGCAUAAGGACUGUGAAGACCUGAAGCCCUGGGUGCAAAGUAUAAUCAACCACCUCUACUGGGCAGCAGUGUCUACACCGCCUGGAGAGGGGGAACUUCUGGUUGCCAAGUGGAAGUCUGUGGAGCGACACAUUCAGAACAUCCACAAGGACCAUGGCGACCUCUUCCCAAUUUGUACUCAUGGACAACUGCAACGGCAAAAGAAAUGGCUCAAACAAAGUUCACGCUCAGCAGUGAAACUGGAGGAGGUGGUCAACAACAAGUCCCUGCUAAAAGAUAUCGCCAUGCUGUCGGGUGAACACCAGACUUCCAAGGUGGAGGCGUUCCAUAGCCUUAUCAUACAGUUCGCACCGAAAAUGUAUGUCUUCUCAUACAUCGGAAUGCUGUGCAGGAACCUGCUUGCUGGGCUGCACUGGAACGAAAAUUCGAGCCGCCCUAUAGCCACUACACAAGCGGGUGCUGAGCGCUAUGCAGUACGCUACCCGAAGUAUAAAGCAGGGGGCCAUGUGGUCAAGAAAAUCGCGACAGAGCCAACAUACCGCUACGUAGAUGACUUGAUCAGGGAGGUUGUUGCUGGCUGCAGACAGACCCCUGACGAGAGAACACCACUCAGCGUCACUGUGGAUGUGCCUCCCUUCCUCUGCGAUGAACUGGAGAAGCCAGACAAGGAGGAAGCCAUCGCCAAGCACAGGAGUCGCUUCGGUAAGUGUGAAAUGCCCUCCCGGUAACAGUUAGAGAUGCUACCUCAGUAGAAGCAUUUAAGUCCCAUCUUAAAACUCAUUUGUAUACUCUAGCCUUUAAAUAGACCCCCUUUUUAGACCAGUUGAUCUGCCGUUUCUUUUCUUUUCUCCUCUGCCCCCCCCCCACGUGGAGGGGUUAUUCCGGUGACCAUGGAUAAAGUGCUGGCUGUCCAGAGUUGGGACCCGGGGUAUACCGCUCGCCUGUGCAUCGGUUGGGGACAUCUGCGCUGCUGACCCGUUUCCGCUCGGGGUGGCCUCCUGCUGGCUCCACUGGACCCUCACUAAUAUGUUAGACCCACUCGACAUCCAUUGCUUUCGGUCUCCCCUAGAGGGGGGGGGUUACCCACAUAUGCGGUCCUCUCCAAGGUUUCUCAUAGUCAUUCACAUCGACGUCCUACUGGGGUGAGUUUUCCUUGCCCGUGUGUGGGCUCUGUACCGAGGAUGUCGUUGUGGCUUGUACAGCCCUUUGAGACAUUUGUGAUUUAGUGCUAUAUAAAUAAACAUUGAUUGAUUGACUGAU